ACGAUUUAAAACAAGACAAUUCAUUGUAAUUAAAGUAUUUAGUGUUUUCGUAUUUUGAACAGAAUGUGAAAAUUCUGAAGAAAAUCCUCUGUUAACUUGUGUCUUCCGCAUCCAAAAUGCUACACCAUUAUAAUUAUUCGACUCCCCUAUCCCAAUUUUUGGGAUUCCAUCAACAAGAAGACAAUUUAUCCAGUGAUCUAUCAGUAACUACUAUAUACGACGACAAUAUUAGUCCGCGUAGCAAAUCAAAAUCUCCGGAAUCGUCCAGUAAUAAAUCAUUCACGAUCGAGGCAAUAUUGGGACUCAACAACCGGAAAAGGUACGACGAAGAGGAAGUUAGACAACCGACGGAUCUCAGUGCUGUGGUAAACUUGAGUGUUCAUUCCGGAAACGUCGAAAGAAACGUGGUAUCGGGUUGUAACCGUAUCCAAAUACCAUUCCGUCAUGGUGUUAGUUCUUCUACGGUCGAAAUGGCCCAUUAUCCAGGAUCAAGUUGUCUACAGAAACGGACGAAUACGACCGCCACGGUUGCAAAUUUCAAACAUCUGCAGCCCGUGCUCUCGCAAAACAAGAAAAAUUGUAAAAGCAAAAGAGUUAGGACGAUUUUUACCCCUGAACAACUGGAAAGAUUAGAAGCCGAAUUCGAGAGACAGCAGUACAUGGUUGGACCUGAAAGACUAUAUUUGGCACACACGUUACAACUCACGGAAGCCCAGGUGAAAGUGUGGUUUCAGAAUCGUCGUAUAAAAUGGCGCAAGCACCAUCUGGAGUUGACCCAUCAGAGGCUUGCAGCGCUCAAACAGCAACAGCAACUCCUUUUGAGUGAACAGCAACAACAAAUUGACACAAACGACACAAACAGUUCAAGUGUCGACAACACAUAAAUGAAACAUUAGAAGUAAUAACCGACUGGUUUUUUGCCAAUAGAUUAAUUUUCGACACACAUGUUGUUACGGCUGUGACUUAAUUCAUGAUCGAAAAUGGGCGUUACGUUAGAAAGCACCAAAACUGGGAAAAUUUUGUAAUAAAAAGUCCCAAAAGAAAACAGUAACUACAAUAAAGAACUACCAAAAUGUUUAAUAGGUAAUUUAAUACCCAAAAGCUGCACCAUAAUUCUUUACAUGUUUACCCGAAAUAUGGUCUACAAAAAUCGUCUACUAAUUAAAAAAAUUACGUGUCAUACAAUGUAAAUAAAUACUGUAAAUAAUUUAGUGGUUAAGUAUCUUAUUUUAGUGCAAUCACAAAACGAGCUGAUUUGUGGUAUGAU